AUGAAUCGUAGCAAGAUUACUCUUUAUGUUGUCUUUGCUAUACUUAUUAUACAAAUGCAAAUUUCUUUAGGUAAACCAGUUAGCGGAGAUGAACCUGGACUUAAAGAAAUAUUAAAAAUAGCAUUAAAACUUGGUGAUUGUUCACGUCGUAUUCAUGUUCAAGAGCCAAUACCAUUACGUUUUCGACGUGCAAACAGCCGAGAUCGAUUCCCAUGUACUAUUAAAGGGCUUUAA